GCCGGAAGCGGAAGCGCACGCGGUCGGACCCCCCAGGCCGGAGGCCUAAGCAUGGCGCGCAGCAGGGAAGCCGGCAGCGGAGGUGACGACCGGCGGGGCGCGAAGCGGAGAGUUCCGGCCGAGGCCCCUGGGGAGGCUCCCGAGGAUGAGGCGACGGAGAGUGGGGCCCCGGCGCAGCCCCAGCCGCGGCCCGCGGCCUUCCCGCCGGGCUUCAGCAUCUCGGAGAUCAAGAACAAGCAGCGGCGCCACUUCAUGUUCGUGCGCUGGAAGCAGCAGCAGCGAAAGGAAAAAUUGGCAGCUAAGAAAAAGCUUAAAAAAGAGAGAGAGGCACUUGGAGAUAAGGCACCACCAAAACCAGUGCCCAAGACCAUUGAAAACCAGAGAGUUUAUGAUGAGACGAUAGUCGACCCUAAUGAUGAAGAGGUUGCCUAUGAUGAAGCUACAGAUGAAUUUGCUUCUCAUUUCAACCGACAGACUUCCCCCAAGAUUCUUAUUACCACAUCAGACAGACCUCGUGGGAGAACAGUGAGGUUCUGUGAACAACUGUCUACUGUUAUACCAAACUCACAUGUUUAUUACCGAAGAGGACUAGCUCUGAAAAGAAUUAUCCCCCAAUGUAUCUCCCGAGAUUUCACAGAUCUGAUUGUUAUCAAUGAAGAUCGUAAAAUACCGAAUGGACUUGUUUUAAGUCAUUUGCCUCAUGGUCCAACUGCUCAUUUUAGAAUGAGCAGUGUUCGCCUCCGUAAGGAGAUAAAGAGGAAAGGGAAAGAACCCACCCAACAUUCACCUGAAGUAAUUCUGAAUAAUUUUACAACAAGACUGGGUCAUUCCAUUGGACGUAUGUUUGCUUCUCUCUUCCCCCAUGAUCCUCAGUUUAUUGGAAGGCAGGUUGCAACAUUUCAUAAUCAGCGGGAUUACAUCUUUUUCAGAUUUCACAGAUACCUUUUUAAGAGCGAAAAGAAAGUGGGAAUUCAAGAACUUGGACCACGUUUUACCCUAAAAUUGAGAUCUCUUCAGAAAGGAACCUUUGAUUCUAAAUAUGGAGAAUAUGAAUGGGUUCAUAAGCCCCGGGAAAUGGACACAAGUAGAAGGAAAUUUCAUUUAUGAAGUACUGAAAAAGCCAGAUUGGACAUCACCUAUUUUGAACUGUUAUUUUUUACUGAAGAGACCUCAUCUGAAGACACAUUCAUUUUUCAGCCAUAUAUUUGUCAAUGAAGGUCCUUUCAUUAAUUGAUUAUUCUUUGAAUGUAUCAGCUCUUUGUAGUAAUAAGUGAACGUUGGAGUAUGUUCUUUAAUAUAUCUAUUUUUUCUAACUUUCACCUUGUACUGAAAGCUGGGAAUAAUGUAUAACUUCAGUUUGUUGCCUGGUAGAAGAAAACUGAAUGAAUAGCUGAAAGAGAAUUCGACUAGGAGUCCAGAGAGCCAGAUUCUAGAACCUCGGUGGUCACACACCAAGUCACUGAAAGAAUCUCUUUGUGUCUGUCCAUCAGAUAGAGGAUAAUCUUGCAAAUAGCAUAUUCUGUGAUGUUGGUAUGCUAGGGACUAGAAGAGAGGAAUAAUUCAGUAGAGCUUUCCACUGCAGAAAUAACUCAACUGACAUCCUUUGUGGACGGGAUCAAGUUUAUGUACAUUGAACUAAAUAAACUACAUUUGAUUUCAGGUUUA